AUGACGGCCACGGCUGCAGUGGAGACACCAAAGAUGAAGAAGAGUGCCUCCAAAGAAGAGAAGCAGCAGCCUAACCAAGACAGCACGAAGCAGGGCAGUGCUGAUUGUGAAGAGUGGAUGAGCUCAGAGAGUGACCCUGAACAGAUAAGCCUUAAGAGUGGCAACAACAAUGACAAUAGCUGCCAGCCUAGAGCUGUUCAGUUGAAGAAAAAGGAGAUUCCCUCCAAGCCACACCGCCAGCUCUGUAGAUCACCCUGCCUAGAUCGUCCAAGCUUCUCCCAGAGCAGCAUUCUGCAGGAUGGGAAGCCUGACUUGGGAAAAGAAUACCAAGCCAAGAUGGAUUUUGCUCUAAAGCUGGGCUAUGCAGAGGAACAGAUUCAAUCAGUGCUGAACAAGCUGGGCCCAGAAUCACUUAUUAAUGAUGUAUUGGCAGAGCUUGUCAGACUGGGGAACAAAGGUGAUUCGGAAGGGCAGGUCAACUUGAGUCUGUUAGUGCCUCGGGGGCCCAGCUCCAGAGAGAUGGCAAGUCCUGAACAGUCUCUUGAAGAUGAAAUAGACAGCAGUGACAAUUUGAGGCCAGUUGUCAUCGAUGGAAGUAAUGUGGCAAUGAGCCAUGGGAAUAAAGAAGAGUUCUCCUGCAGAGGAAUACAACUUGCUGUGGACUGGUUUCUAGAUAAAGGCCAUAAAGAUGUUACUGUAUUUGUGCCUGCAUGGAGAAAAGAGCAAUCCCGACCUGAUGCACCAAUUACAGAUCAAGAUAUCCUACGAAAACUGGAGAAGGAAAAGAUUCUUGUCUUCACUCCAUCCCGAAGGGUCCAAGGCAGGAGAGUUGUCUGCUACGAUGACCGGUUCAUAGUCAAACUGGCUUUUGAUUCCGAUGGCAUCAUUGUAUCUAAUGAUAACUAUCGAGACCUUCAAGUUGAAAAGCCAGAAUGGAAGAAGUUUAUAGAAGAGCGAUUGCUGAUGUAUUCUUUUGUGAAUGACAAAUUUAUGCCUCCAGAUGAUCCUUUAGGACGCCAUGGACCAAGCCUUGAAAAUUUCUUAAGAAAGAGACCUGUUGUUCCUGAACACAAGAAACAACCAUGCCCUUAUGGCAAAAAAUGCACCUACGGCCACAAGUGCAAAUACUACCAUCCGGAGCGGGCCAACCAACCCCAGCGUUCGGUGGCUGAUGAGCUCCGCAUCAGUGCCAAACUAUCCACAGUGAAAACCAUGAGCGAAGGUACCCUGGCCAAAUGUGGCACAGGGCUGUCUAAUGCCAAAAAUGAGAUAACCUCAGAAGUCAAGCGUGUGGCCCCUAAACGCCAAUCAGACCCCAGCAUCCGGUCCGUGGCUAUGGAACCUGAGGAUUGGCUGUCCAUUUCCCGUAAGCCUGAGGCCAGCUCUGUUCCCUCACUUGUGACUGCCCUAAGUGUCCCCACAAUCCCACCUCCCAAAAGCCAUGCAGUGGGUGCACUCAACACCCGUUCGGCCAGCAGCCCAGUGCCAGGAUCCUCUCAUUUUUCUCACCAGAAGUCCUCAUUGGAGCACAUGGCCAGCAUGCAGUACCCCCCCAUCCUGGUUACCAACAGCCAUGGGACCGCUAUUAGCUAUGCUGAGCAAUACCCAAAGUAUGAGUCCUUGGGGGACCACGGCUACUAUUCAAUGUUAAGUGACUUCUCCAAAAUGAACAUGAACAGCAUGCAUAAUCGAGAGUACUACAUGGCUGAAGCAGACCGGGGGAUGUAUGCCAGGAAUCCCAGUCUCUGUCCUGAUAGCCGUAUGAGCCAUACCAGGAAUGACAACUAUUCCUCGUACAACAACCUGUAUUUGGCUGUAGCCGAUGCCCAUCCUGAAGGCAGUUUGAAGCUACAUCGCUCAGCAUCUCAAAACCGUCUUCAGCCUUUUCCUCAUGGUUACCAUGAAGCCUUAACACGAGUGCAGAGCUAUGGCCCAGAGGAUUCUAAGCAAGCCCCCCACAAGCAGUCAGUCCCCCAUUUAGUUCUGCAUGCCCAGCACCCAGCAACUGGAGCACGCUCCAGCUGUCCUGGAGACUACCCCAUGCCUCCCAAUAUCCAUCCUGGGGCAACCUCCCAGCCAGGGCGUGCCCUGGUGAUGACUCGGAUGGACAGCAUUUCUGACUCCCGCCUCUAUGAGAGCAACCCCAUGAGGCAAAGACGACCUCCUCUGUGCCGAGAGCAACAUGCCAGCUGGGACCCACUGCCUUGUGCAGCCGACUCCUAUGGCUACCACUCCUAUCCCUUGAGUAACAGCCUCAUGCAACCAUGCUAUGAACCAGUCAUGGUACGGAGCGUGCCUGAAAAGAUGGAGCAGCUUUGGAGGAAUCCUUGGGUUGGAAUGUGCAAUGAUUCCAGGGAGCAGAUGAUCCCAGAGCACCAGUAUCAGACCUACAAGAACCUCUGCAAUAUUUUCCCUUCCAACAUCGUCCUUGCAGUGAUGGAGAAGAAUCCCCACACAGCAGAUGCCCAGCAGCUGGCAGCCUUGAUUGUUUCUAAGCUUAGGGCUGCACGUUGA